UUCUUCUAGACUUCACGUGUAGGCUACCUGCCACUGGGACUGGAGAUGGAAAAGCUAUAAAGUAGUACAGUACACAUUUUCUGUCCGAACUUAAUGUUUCCAGUAAAUUUCCCCAAACAAAUAAACAAAUAAAUGAACAAAAACUUAGUAUAGUUUUUUUGCCCCACCUACUACUUGACUUCAGAAAGCGGACUUUUCGAGCACCCGCUGAACGCAACAUCAUUCUCACCGGUCGACUCUUCAGAAAGUCCUACCUCAUCUCCCUACAGGAACACGACGGACUAAAAAGCAACAAUGAAUGUGUCGCAUGAAAUAAACCUGCUUGUGGAGGAGAUUCAGCGACUUGGCAGCAAAAAUGCCAGCGGUCAGACCAGUGUGAAGUUUGGGGUCUUAUUUAACGACGACCGUUGUGCCAACAUCUUCGAGGCGUUGGUGGGCACGCUGAAGGCGGCCAAGAAGAAGAAGGUGAUCGACUUCCAGGGCGAGCUGCUCCUGCAGGGUGUCCACGACCAGGUUGACAUCAUCUUGCUGCAAGAAUGAAACCAAAGUUUGAACGGGAUGACCUUUUAAUGAGCUGAGAGUCUGACUGAAUCCUCUGAGAACACUGCGUUCCUGCAGUGCCUCCAUCUGUGUCCAAGUUUCUAUGUGAUUUUAUUAGAUUUGUUUUCUUUUCCUUUUUUAUUUACAGGGCCUGGUAUUAAACUGAAACUCCAAAUUUUCACAUCAGACAACAUACAUCUGUAUAUUUUUGUUGCAUAUUUGACCUCUCCAGCUCCCUUCUGUAAGGUUUAUAAAAUCUGUAAAGAGGCAUGUUGUUUGAAUUAGAAAGCUUGAUCUCCAGAAAAUGAACUCCUUCGCUGUCCUGAGCGAUACUAUCUGCGUAUGUUGCACAAAAAAAACAAAGUAGUUAUUACAGAUAAGUUAGAAGUUAAGUUGGUGGUUUGAACAUCCACAACAUCACAUCUGGCCUCCUGAGUACAGACGCAUGUGAUUCAGGAAUACACGGAGAAGUGGUGACCCCUUCCAGGUGCUGCCUUUUUAUCAGCCACAUUUUCCACCAGAUUUAACAUUAAAAAUACACAAAGCAGGAACGAAAUAUUAUAUAUUUUUUGGGUUAUGUCAUGUUUUGGAUAAAAUUAGCAGAUCCCGACCAGAUGCCUUUCUUGAGAAUUUCAGUGUUUAGGAAAAAUGUCGAACGGCUUCGCUGGUGUGAGUUCGGACUCUCUAAAGACCACUGUUUUCCUUUCACACAGAAAAGAUAUUUCGCAUCUAUUGUACAAAUUACAGUGUAAUAUCCACAGCUGCUUUAACCAAAUGGCUGUUGUGCCUACUGUUUACAUGAGCCACUUCUACUACCUCUUGUGGACUUUCAAACAAGAUGUUCUUUGAGCUUUUGAGAACCCAAGAACAGCUCCUUUUGUACAAACUUUGACCACAAAGAAAGUUGAAGUGCGUGUCGAGAUUUCCUUGCUGCUCUUCUGACUUAUUACUACAAAAACAGCCCUUUUUAGAUGUUGUCAUGAGUGAAUUUUUCUCAACGAAACAAAUUCCAAAAACUGCCUUUGUUUGUGGAAACUUCUGAUGAACAAACAGCGAAUGUAUUUCUUGUGCAGCCUUUAGUGGUGGGAAAAAGUGCUUAUGAUUCUCAGGACCAAACUUGUGCUUGAAAACUUUCCCGUGGCUUUAUUUAGUGUCAGAAACUGUACUGUUGGUCUGAUGAAACUUUUGGAUCAGGUGUGAAUACUUUCCUAAAUUUCCUAGUAUCAGAUGUAUCAAUUUAGCUUUUUUGGUUAGUAAUGGUAAGAAAUGCACAGUUUUUUGUGUGUUAAAUAGGAAAUUGUGAAAUGAAAAGUUACACAUGAAGAAGAGUUUUCAAUGAUCACCUCUAUUUGUGAAACAAAUAUUCAGGGUUUUAAAACUUGAUAGGUUAAUAAUAAUGCCAUCUUAUUCAGUUUCUUGCUAAAAAUGUGGCACAAAGUUAAAAAAUGUUGUGAAAUCAGGUAAAAUAUAGAAAGUUUAUGAAAGUAUGCCUCGUCUACAAGUUUUAUUGGACCCAUUUCUCUGCUGUUGGAUCGACUUCGACACUUUAUGUUCAGGUUUUGUUUCAGUUUGACCUUUUUAUUAUUUAAGGACAAAAACAGCUCAGAACUUUGGUAAAAAUCAAGAAAAGCAGAGACUCAUUAUCAGUGUGAAUGAAACAGACGAGUUUUAAAAGUUGUGAAAAAAUAAUGAUGCCUUGGAUGUCAGUGAUCAGAACUGAGUCGGUACCUCAGGCUGUUCUAGUGCAUUGUUACUGUAUUUUGUAUUUGGCGAAAUCAUAUUACCAUCAGAACUGAGGUUUGUUCUACUGUGGAAAAAUAAAGUCUUUACACUUGAA